UGGACUUUUGGCGUUGCUGUUCUGAGAAGGUGUCUGUGUGCGUCCGCGGCCCAGCUGCUACCAUGAGCCGGCCCAGCCGCCUGCAGAGACAGGUUCUAAGCCUGUACCGCGAGUUGCUGCGCGCCGGACGAGGGAAGCCCGGCGCCGAGGCACGAGUGCGGGCCGAGUUCCGCCAGCACGCCUCCCUGCCUCGCACCGACGUACUGCGCAUCGAGUACCUGUACCGCCGCGGCCAGCGCCAGCUCGAGCUGCUGCGCUCCGGCCACGCCACGGCCAUGGGCACCUUCGUACGACCGCGGGGCCCGACCGAGGGGUUUGGGGGUGCUGGAGCCCCGGAGACCCCGUCUGACGACGGUAACGGUCCAAACAACCCUCACGACGGAACGGGGGCACCAAAGACGCGGCCCGACGGACGGUGACAGCAAAGAGCUCACUCAAUGGCCCGAGGGAACCAGGGAGCCCGCCUGACUGCGUGGGAAGACCGACCGAAGAAGCUGCCUGGUGGAGAUGCGAGGUCUUAAAAGACUAGCUUGAUGGAUUGUGAGGAUGAAAGUGCCCUCUGGGUGACGUGUUGGCCUAGAGAGCCUUGUGAUGGACGGCGAGUGUUGCCCAGCCUUUCCUGAUGCUUGGCUACAGGUCAUCCCUCUCCCCCACGAGAGCUUGGUACGACCUGGGACACCAGUAAGCGGAUGGUGUCAAGCCGAGAACUACUUACCUGGAGGCAUGGGAAGCCUGGACACUCUACUCGUGGACCGAGUCUGACACACCCUUCUCUUGACCCCUGCGAACAUUCCCACCCCUGGCUUCUCAUGGAGACUCCUCUCUCCUGUAUUUAACGCUGAGAACAGCAGACUUUUACCGAGAAAUUUCGGGGAAGCUGCCCUGAUAAACGGUAUACUGGGCUGAUACUGGCAAGACUCCGCAGGCUCUAUUGGCUGGCGAUCCCGAGGAGACCACGCCUUCUCUUUAGCUGGGGGCGGGAGACCCCGCCAACCAAGUUUGCAUCCUGACUUUUCCCUCAAACCUGGAGUCUCUCCCAGAAUCUGCUGCUUCCCUCACCUUCUCAGUAUCCUCUCCCCCUUCUAGUAACAAUUUCUUGAUUUUCUUUGGCGACCCAUCCCUCCCCCAUUUUCAGCCCACAUAGCCAGGCGGGGGGCUUCCUGCAUCCCCCAGACUUAGCAGAGGAACCAGCCUUGGGACUUUGGUUGGAGCUAUAAAGGAAGAGUGACUCCCGUUGGCCGCUAACUUGGCAGAGUGUAUGGCUGGAGAUUUUACUCUGGCCACCAUCAGGGUAAUUAGCUAAAUCAGAUGAAAGAACUGAGAAUGACAUCGUUUGGGCCUCAGGCUCUAGCAAUGCCCGAAGUCCAGAACUUCUCAGUUACCCACAAAAGUUCCCAUUUCUGUCUAAAAUCAGUGAGAACUGGGCGGCGCCUGUGGGUCAGUGAGUAGGCCGCCAGCCCCAUAUACUGAGGGUGGCGAGUUCAAACCCGGUCCCAGCCAAACUGCAACAAAAAAUAGCCGGGCGAUGUGGCGGGCACCUGUGCUCCCAGCUACUCUGGAGGCUGAGGCAAGAGAAUCGCCUAAGCCCAAAAGCUGGAGGUUACUGUGAGCUGUGACCCCAUGGCACUCUACCAAGGGCAACAAAGUUCCCCGUGAUAAAA